AGUGCUUAGUGGGAUAGGCCAUAUCAGCACAGGCCAUUGUUUUCAGGGGCUUUGGGAAGGCCGGCAGCUCCAACAAGCAAAGAGUGGUCUUCCCCUCCUCUCUGUCUCUCUCUCUCUCUAUUUCUGGACAUGUUUGGUUUCAGAAGAUAAAAGAGUCUCUGCGAAGAUUUGCAUUUCCAGGAAGGGGAAAAUGGUCGACAUCGUGUCGCCCCACACGAUGCCAUCAGAAAAUGAGGUUCAUGUGGCCAGGAGCUUUCUCACCAAGAUUUUACGAAGCUCUAUGAGGAAGAACCGCUUCAAGGGAAAGAAUGAGCCGGUCUCGCGGCCCCAUUCCUGGCACUCCUCCAAGCUGACAGAAGAGGAGUCAGAGCCCGCCGGGAGAGAGGCCACCCCAGCACCCAUCUGGCAGCCAAAACAUGAAGCAAGGUCCAAAGAAUUGUCUAGCCAAGGGGACCAGAGCAACCUGCGUCAGCUGUCCAGCCAGUUCAGCUCAGUGAAUAACAUGGAGAGAAUGGAGCAUCCUUCUCAUCCCUACCCACCAGGCCGACUCUCCCCCACUAAAUACACCGGCACCCCCGACCCACUCUGUGGAGGAGUAGGCAAAAGAGAUGCUGGGUUCAGCUGUUUCUCCAGUAGUUCCAGCCCUCCUGCUCCUGACCCUUGCCUGUCAAGCAGGAAGGGCACCAGUACUGAAAACAUUUUCUUUAAGGGCCUGCAGAGUGAGGGGCAAAGGCAGGGCGAGCGUCCCAGGUACCUACAGCCAACUCUGGGUAAUGGAGGCUGGGAAGGGCCUCGUGUGGAGGAGCAGCAUCUGUCUAGGGCCUCCAGUGCAGGCAGACCCAGUGGUGGCCCAGUGUGGCAGGUGCCAGAAAAGAAGAAGGCCCAGUCUCCUCCUCCACCACCUCCUCCCCUGCGAAGUGACAGUUUUGCUGCCACUAAGGUGUUCCCUUACUCUGAAGGGCAGAGUGGUCAAACAAAGAGCCAUGGCCGAGUUGUGGAUAGACUGAAUGAAGCUAAUGACCAGAACAUUUUCAGAUCCCACUGUACCUCAAGCUCUGAGGUCAGACGUAGCUUCAACCCCCUGCAAACCAAAGACCUCUUACACUCCAGUAAGCCAGCUGACCACAACCACAACCAGCUGCACCCCAACAAACUCUUCUCCUUGUCCAGCAACGAUGUGAGACAAACCCAGUCUCAUUUUGCUAAUCUGCCCAACCACCAGAGGCAAUACAGUGAUGAAAGCCCCCUCUAUAUGCAUACUAGGACGGUUCCUUCAAGCAAGCCUCAGAGCGUAGGAAGCUACUAUCGUAGCCUUCAGGAUCUCCCCACCAAUGCCUCCAGCCGCAAACAGGUCAGGCACUCAACAGCAUCCAUCACGGGCUCUGCAGCAAACCAAAACCCAGAAAAUGGGGGCCACAAAAAAUACUACUCUAUUGCAUCAAAGCAGCCAGGCCAGACAGCUGAGCACCAGGCCAGGCAGGGCAAAACAGAGGGCAAAACCCACUGGAUGAGCAACAAUGACAGGAGCUUCCCAAGUUCAUUGAAGACCAAUAAUAAGACAAAGUACUCUCUACCUCAGUCCCAGCUGCCUUAUGAUGACAGGAAAGAGCGUAAUGGACAUUCACAGUUGGGGAAUGGUCUAUUAUACAACCACCCAGCUUCUGAACUGUCUGCAUCUACUCAUAGUAGCAGCCCAGAGGACGGCCCAAAGAGAGGUGAGGGACAUUCAAAUGACAUCAAAAGAUACUCCCCAACUCAUCACAGUAAUGAACAUAAGGUCAGUCUUCCAAGGCACCAGGACCCAUGGAUUCCCCAAGAAGACCACCGAAUAUCACCUCUGAAGACGCCCUUACUUCAUUCCCUCACACAGGAAAGUCGAAGCCUCGUGGAGAGGCAGUUGGGCACUAACAACUCAAGCAGCACUUCCAUGCACGAUGCAGGAGACUCAACAGCCACCAGUGCUGGAAAAGCAGGUCGUCGGAGUGACCGAUAUGCCACCGCCCUCCGCAAUGAGAUCCAGCAGAAGCGUGCCCAGCUGCAGAAGAGUCGCAGUGCUGCCACCCUGACCUGCAGCGGUGAGGAGGAGGAGGCUGAGGAAUGGAGGUCCAUGGAGACGUCUGCAUCCUCUGGUGUCUCCUUCUCCAACACCUACAAGGACCACCUGAAGGAGGCACAGGCCAGGGUCCUCCAAGCCACCUCUUUUCAGAGGCGAGACCUAGAACCACUUGGAAUGGAAGCCCCUGCAACAAAACCCUCUAAUGGCCAGCUAUCCCGCAUCGGAGGGCGUAAGCGCUUCCCCCUGGCAAAGAGAAUGCACUCAUUCUCAGAGCCAGACAAGAUAGACAAGGUAGGAGUUGAAGGGGAGCCUCAGACAGGAUCUUUUGGAGAGCGAAGGAAGUUCUUUGAGGCUAAACCGGCAUUUUCUAGACCGGUGGCUAAGCCUGGACAGCCAAGCUCAAGCACAGACCUUAGUGAAACAGGCAAGCCCAAAACGCGGGCUCUCUCUGGCGAUCUUCAGAAGAGUCACUCAGGCUCAGACUCCAACCAACCCGGCCCUGGGCAUAAGCAAACCUUGCUAGAGCAACAGAGGCUAGGCACUUUUGCUGAGUACCAGGCCACAUGGAGCAAACAGAGGAAGCCAUCGGAGGUCAAGACACAAGGGAGGUAUCACUCGGCAGAGAACAUUUUAGACGCAGAUCCCGAGGAGAAGGCUGUCUGCAUCCAUGAGAGAUCUCGCUCUUCUCCCUCUGCAGACUUCUAUGCACAGAAUCUUCCUGAACCUUGGCGAGACCCUGUUCACAACCCAUGUACAGAACCAAGACUCGGCCAGCAGAGCAAUUACUCCACCAGGGGAAAGGCUGAGAGCAGGGUGCAAUACCCACCAGGCCAGCCUGACCACUGCCCACAACCUGCCCUGUCAAUUCCCAGGAGCGACAGGGACGUCCCACUCCCGGGCCUCCCUGACCACAGGACCAAACCAGAUGCUGCCAACCUCUCCCUCACCACUCUCUCCCCGGGCCCUCCCAGCUACAGCCCCAGCCCUGGUUCCCAGCACCCAGCCCAGCCUCCCCAGACCAAGGGCCUCCUGCCGCCGCCCAGGCCCCAUUUAGGUCCAGAAACCACAUCCUCCUCCCAGGAAUUCCUCGCCGGCGCCCAGGCAGAGCCGGCAGCGCUCCAGCCCCUGUCCGGCUCCGGCCCCGGCCCCCAGCCAGACACCCAGCGCCAUGCGACUGCCCAGGGCUGUGGCUCCUCCGUGGGUCCCGCCCCAUCCGGCUCGCCUUGCUUCGGCAGGACGUCCGGCCCAGACAUGAGUAAAGGAGAUGCGGAAAGAGAGGAGAGGGAGCAGCCACCUUCCAGCACCUCGUCUUCGUCCACGUUCUCCUCCAGGACAGUCGGCCUGUCCAUUUCCUCGGAGCGAGUGCGAUCCCCCUCGCCGCAGUUCGCGCCCCUGAGACUCACAGACAAACCGCCAGCCGCGUCCAUGCAGGAUGACUCCCCGUCCAGGUCAGAGAAUGAAGCGAUGGAUUUGAGCAGUCCAGUGAGGAAAGUCCCGGUGAAGAUCGUCCAUGCUGAGAGCAGCUCGGAGCGGGAGGGCCGGGCCUACCUGGCUCAAAACAGCGAGGCGUCCUCCGUCUUCGAGCCGCUCGCCCCUCCUCAGAUCUCCACCCUGGGCUCCCCGGAGCAUCACGCCUCCUCCCUGUUCAGUGUCUACACACGCCAGGGGACGCAGAGGGCCGGGGCCCAGCAUGAGGCCGCGGACCCGGGUCAGGCUUCGUUGUCCGCUCAGAGGGGGGUUGACGGCGCCUCCACAAACACAGCCACCUCAGCGGCAGGGGCUCAGGAGGACGCCAAGAGGGAGGAGCUGGCCAGGGACAUCAUGGGGAAAGACAAAUCCCUGGCUGACAUCCUGGACCAGAGCGGCAGGAAGACCACCAUGGACCUGAUGGAGGGGCUCUUCCCCCAGGAGGAGCAGAUACUGGAGGGGGCCCACCAGCGCAGGAAGACCUCCGCCGGCUCCAGACAGCCCACCUCAUCACCCAGGAGCGCUGAUGAAAGGAGGGAGGAGGAGGGUGUCUCUGCGUCGGCCUCCCUGGUUCCCAGCUCCUCGUACUACAACACAUCAGCGCCCAAGGCCGAGCUCCUCAUCAAGAUGAAGGACAUGCAGGAGCAGCUGGAGGAGCAGGACUCAGAGGACGAGCUGGACGUGGAUCUGGCCAGCAAAAAGCAAGAGCUGAUCUCCAGCCUGGCCCGGAAGCUGGAGGUGCUGCGGGAGGCGCGGCAGAGUCUGCAGGAGGACGUGGAGGACAACGAGGCUCUGGGCCGCGAGGUGGAGGCCACGGUGCAGCGCCUCUGCCAGCCCAACCAGCUGGACAAGUUCCGCAUGUUCGUAGGCGACCUGGACAAGGUGGUGAGCCUGCUGCUGUCGCUGUCGGGACGGCUGGCCCGCGUGGAGAACGCUCUCAACAGCCUGGAGGACGAGGCCCCGCCUGAGGAGAAGCGCACACUGACCGAGAAGCGCAAGCUGCUGAUGCGGCAGCACGACGACGCCAAGGAGCUGAAGGAGAACCUGGACCGCCGGGAGCGCCUGGUCUCCGGCAUCAUGGAGGCCCACCUGGACGCCGAGAGCCUCGACGACUACCGGCACUUCGUCAAGAUGAAGUCGGCCCUCAUCAUCGAGCAGCGCAAGCUGGAGGACAAGAUCAAGCUGGGCGAGGAGCAGCUCAAGUGCCUGGUGGACAGUCUGCCGCUGGAGCAGAGGGCGCUCUUCUGACUGCUCUGAAUGUUUGACGACGUGGGAACGCGCUUUUCCAUGAGAGCUGGCGGACCGGACCGAGCACCAGGCCGUUUUAGGACUUUUACAUUCAAGGUGUUCCAUGUAGCAUUUACACACAUCAGGAUAUCACUGUUAAGUUAAUGGUGACACCUUGGCAUAACUACCAUUAAAACUGAGACCAUCGGAGUGAAGACUGGCAGCUGUAUGACUUGGAGGAUUGCUUUGUGGCACAAAACAUGAAGAGGGUGCCAUUGUUCCGAAGAAAACAGGAACUAAACCUUUAUGAGUUUCCAGCAGCGGCGCAUAGUAGAUGGUGUGAAUCAAAGAAAAAAUCAUUUUCACUGUGUUGUACGUUUAAGAUCCAAGCAGCCAACAGGGUUUAAAUUUUGAUUAAAAAAAACAGCACCAACAUCGAGACCGCAUUUCCCGGAAACCCUGUUGGGUGCUUGGAUCUUGUCUCUUCCGUCAAACGUAAACACAGUGGAAAUAAUUUUUUCUUCAGUUCACACCCUCUGAUAUAUGAGUAGAAACUCAAAAAGCUUUGGAAGUUUGCUUUGGAACACUGGCGCCAUCUUAGCAUUUUGUGCCGUAAAGCAAUCCAGUCGAUUUCCCUCCAAAUUGUGCAACUGCCAAUCUUCCCUUCCCUUCACUUCCCUUUUUUAUGGUAAUUAUGCGAAAGUCUCAACAUUACUGUACGAACAAUAUAUUGAUGUUAAACCGCUACAUGUAGCACCUUUUUAAUAGUAAUCAUGUAAUAUUUUAUGGAUUCCUGUAUGGAAAUUGUUUUGUCAGUUGCUCUUUUAUCAUGGAAAUCAGUCGGCUGCACCACAGUGCCCCCUAGUGGAGGCGAAAGUGUAGCAUGUCAAACAAAUAAGCAAAUCAUUGAUGUUUAUAUGCAAACCAGUUAAUCAAAUGAUCAUGGUACUUGUGAUAAGUGUUUUUCAAAAAAAAAAAAAAUCUAAAUCUUCUAGUUUGAAACAUCUAUCAAAUGUGCCAUGAUCGCUGAAAUGCAUCCAUUUUUAGUAAUCUCUUAAUUUUGCGUUUCCGCUUUCUCUUUAAUAUCUUUGGGAUGUUGUAAAUAACUUGUCCAUGACGUUACGAGGUUGCUAACCUCCUAACACUCUGCUAUGUAGCUGGGUGUGUACUUAAUUAUUAUCAUGCGUGUUUUAAAGUAAUAUUUUCUAGUAAUUUAUUGUAGCCUUUUUGAAAACUUAUAUACAGAAACGGGGGGUUGUUUGCCCUGUAAUUUAAUUUCAUUCAUGACAUACUUGUUUUUGUUUUCCGACGACAUGAAGAGUUUGAUUUCCAAAGUGCUACAGAGCUGUUGUAGGAAAAAAUGUUGCCUGGCGUUUUUGUCUUUCAUCGUCUUCAAAAUAUAGAUGAUCCGAUCUCUUAGUGGGUUUAUCAUUUUGUCAGCCAGUUUCAUAUACAUUUCAUCUUUUACAGUACCACGUUUUCCCGUUAAAUUUGUGUCGUCUGUUAUUUUGUACGAGAAGGUGUCAUAAUUUUUCCGAUCUCAUUUUGGAAUUAAACUCUUCGCAUUGUGCUAGAGUACAUAGCUGACAUGAUUCUGAACUGGAAUUUAUCCUUGUAAUGACAAUGCUGAUUUUUUUUUUUUCCAGCGGUAAACAAAUGUUAUUUAAUUUCUUUUUCAUGCCACACGAUGAUACAUUAUAUUAUAACCAGCGUCACACCUAUAUGGCUUUCUGAUCUCACUGAUAGUCAUUUACACUUUUAUUAUGCUCCUAUCAGAGUGAUUUACACCAACCUAGAGGGGGUAUUUGCCUCGCUCAAGGACACUUUGCUCUGUCAGGGAUCGAACUUGUACUUCCUGUCAUGGGAUUGGCCUCUCAUUGAUGCCACUCUUUCACCGGACUCCCAAAUGACGUUCCUUUCCUGCUUUGAUCAGAGUAAAGGGACUGAGGUGUGGUUGGUCUCUUUUUUUCCUAUCCAGUGAGGUUAAAUUGAAGCUGCGGUCAAAACUUUAGCACUUUACUCUCUGGUUUGGCUCGGUCAUCUCUUUCUCUCUCCCUCCUCUCUCCUUUUCAAAAUCUAUAUAUAUAUAUUUGAAGAUGUGCCUACUGUAGCCUACCACCACUGUGAUCUUCACGGACUGUUGCGGGUGUGUAUCCACACCGCCCACGCUUCAUGUAUGCAGUGCACUCUCUCAUCAACCUGGAAGCAAUAAAUGAUUAAGUUCAGA